AUGUCAGCAAGCAAUGGGCCCAGCGUUGCCGCUCAAUUGACCGGAGCAGGAAACCAGCAAGCUCAGAUUCCAAAGACAGAGACGUCCAAGGAUGUGCAGAAUGAGCGCCGACAAACAUUCAAGCGCCGCCACGGUUUCCUCGUUGGUUUCUUUAGCUUGAUUUUAAUAUUCCAUGUUUUGGGCAUUUUCCUUUUCCUCAGCGGCUUCCUCCUGACACGCCUCGUCUUGGACCACAAAUCCGAAUGCGCCGUACCUCCAGUCCCUCUUGGCUCGUCCUACACUCCUGGCUCGUCAGAUGACGGCUGUUGGCAUCCCAAGUCCUUCGACAAGGCCGUCGUCAUCAUUGUCGAUGCUCUUCGCUACGAUUUCACUGUGCCUUGGUCGCCCACCCACCCGCAACAAGCCUCGCAGCACUUCCACAAUGCUCUGCCCAUCUUCUGGGACACUGCUGUAGCUGAGCCCGAGAACGCUUUCCUCCUGCCCUUCAUCGCCGACCCUCCCACCACAACCCUGCAACGCCUAAAGGGGCUGACAACCGGCACUCUCCCCACCUUCAUUGACGCAGGCUCCAACUUUGCAGGGACCGCCAUUGACGAGGACAACUUGGUCGCACAGCUCAAGGCUGCUGGCAAGAGAAUAGUUCACCUUGGAGAUGAUACAUGGCACUCGCUGUUCCCUGGCUACUUUGACCCUGAGCUCACCCGCGCCUACGAUUCGUUCAACGUUUGGGACUUGCACACGGUCGACAAUGGUGUCAAUGGCCACAUCUUCCCUCUGUUGCACCCGUCCAACACGUCCUCAUGGGACGUCAUCUUCGGUCACUACUUGGGUGUCGACCAUGCUGGCCACCGCUACGGACCCGAUCACCCUGCAAUGGCCUCGAAGCUUCAAGAGAUGAACAGUGUAUUCGAAAGAAUGAUUGCUGCACUCGACGACAAGACCUUGUUGGUUGUUAUGGGUGAUCAUGGCAUGGAUGCCAAGGGUGACCACGGUGGAGAGUCGGAUGAUGAGGUUGAGGCUGCUCUCUGGAUGUACUCCAAGCAGGGCUUGUUUGGUCGUCGUGAUGACUCCUCGGCAAAGCCUCCAUACACUGCCAAAGAAAGACCCGUCGCGCAGAUCGACCUCGUCCCUACCUUGUCAUUGCUUCUCGGCAUGCCUAUUCCCUUCAACAACCUUGGUCAGCCCAUCGAAGAGGCUUUCAUCGGCAAAAAGUCCAAUGACUACCAGAACCUGGCUCAAGUCAGUCGCUUGACUGCUGGACAGAUUCAUAGAUAUCAGAAGGAGUACUCGGCUGUUCGCAAGCUUGAUGCGGCUAGCACACUUCCUCCUCAGACUAUCUGGGAAGCAGCUUCCAAGGUUUGGGAGGAACUCGAACAAACGAAGAAGCCUUCUCUCGAGCUCUGGCAGGCUGCUUAUUCUCAAUUCCGAGCUUACCAACAGGAGAACUUGCGUGUUUGCAAGAGUCUCUGGGCUCGCUUCGAUCUUACCAGCAUGGCAAUGGGCAUCGCCUUGCUUGCUGGCGCACUUUUGACCAUCGUUCUCUUCGCAAAUGGAUUCAACGGAGAUCGUGGUGAGAUCGCUUCUGCUCUCUGUACCCGUGCAGGGCUCGGUAUGGCAGCCGGCGCCGGUGCUGGUCUUCUCCUUGGAGGCAUGAUUCCGGUUUCUUGGAUCAACUCGAUUGUCUUCUUCUCCGGCUUGAGUGGCAUUUUGGGCACUGUCUCAUGCUUCGUAUCCACACCCUCGAAGCUCCAAGCGCCGCUACCCACUUCCUUCUGGGGCUGGAUAUGCACAAUCCCUCCUGUCCUUCUUUGCAUUGGUUUCGCUUCGAAUUCUUUCACGAUUUGGGAGGACGAGAUUUUGCUGUACAUGCUCUGCUCAAUCGGUGCAUUGAUGCUUGCAUCUUCGCUGCGCCUUCAGAACCCUCAAGAGCGUCUGCUUGGCUCAUGGCACUCGCUCUCUUUCAUCGUGCUGACCCGCCUCGCAUCUCUUUCUCGUCUCUGUCGUGAAGAGCAGAUGCCAUUCUGCAGAUCAACCUACUACGCUUCCGCCACUUCUUCCACCUCGGCUUGGUGGCAACUUACCAUUCCGUUCAUCAUUGCUGUUAUCUUGCCAAGCGCAAUUCGCGACUUCUUUGCUCGUACCAAGAACUAUCAAGGCACGGCCACACUAUGGCUAGGCAUUGCCUUCCGUAUCGGUCUCGUCCUUUCUGCGGUCUACUGGAUUCUUGAUGCAGCUGACGACAACGAAUGGAUUCCUCAAAUCUCCAGUGAGAACUUGAAGAAUGUUCGUGUCUUUAUUGCACAAGCUAUCCUAGGCAUCGCUUGGGCAGCUGGCUACAGCGCAUACCUCUAUUCUGCUCCUUUCUUAGGAGUCGAGACUGAAACGCCCGCACCUGAGACAGAAGUCAUGGAUCCCAACGAUCCUAUGUCGGCCAUGUUCACACCUGUUAAGCCACAACAGCGCAAGAAGCUCAUCAUUCUUGGCUAUGCCAACACUCACGGAACUCGAUACUUCCUCCUCCUCACUAUCUGGGCGCUUGUUCUUCUCCUUCUUCAGAAGCCUAUGGGUCAAGGCACACUUUCACUGUGCUUGCUCAGUAUCCUCAAUCUUCUUGAAAUCAUUGACGCCAAUGACUUGCGCAGCUCGCCUCUGGGGCCUGUAACAUUGGCUCUGAUGGCUGGCUUCUACUUCUUCAAGACAGGACACCAAGCCACACUUUCGUCGAUUCAAUGGGAAUCUGCGUUCAUCCCAUUGAAGACGAUUAAAUAUCCAUGGUCGCCCAUGCUGGUCAUUAUCAGCACAUUCGCGCCUUACAUCCUCUGUGCACUCGCUGUUCCUGCCAUCGCGUUCUGGAAGGUGCCUCCCCGCACUCCGGGCCUGAUGAACCAUGUCGCCAAGGCACUUGGCACACAUGUACUCUUUUACGCUGCCAUUGCUCUUGCAACUGUUGUUGAGGCUGCCUGGCUUCGUCGUCACUUGAUGCUUUACCGCAUCUUUAUGCCUCGUAUGUUGCUUGGUGUUGUGGUUCUCUUGAUUGUAGAGCUGGUCGGCGUGAUUGUUGGCCUUGUCGGCAUUAGAAGCAGCAUUCGCAGUGUGGCAGAGGUGUUUGGUUGGGUGGUACAAACUUCUGAGCAAUGA